UUCCUUGUUCAUCUCCACUGUGUGAGCUGCUCACACAGUGUCUCCUGAACAGAACACACCUCGUCAAUGGUAAUCAACAUCUCACGAUAUUAUAAACAUAAAUUAUUUUUGUUGAAAUAUAUUCUCUGAGGCACAGUGAGAAACUACUCUGGGUGAAUCCUUGGGUCAUGGCGAGCGCAGCUCCCGCUGAGAACGUGGACCGUGAGUUGACCUGCUCCAUCUGCCUGGACACGUUUGACUGCCCCUCCACGCUGAGCUGUGGCCACUCGUUCUGCCUCCAUUGCCUGGAGGACGCCUGGAAGGAGACAGACUCCUACUGCUGCCCGCAGUGCCGCAAGACCUUCCCUCGACGACCCCAGCUGACCAGGAACGUGACGAUCGCCAACCUCAUAGAGCAGCUGCUAGUGACUGAGACCACUGCUGUUGCUGCUGCUGAUAGUGUUGUUUUCUGUGAUAACUGCCCAGAAGGAGAAACGCUUGCAGUGAAGACUUGCCUCAAGUGUGACACAUCCUUCUGCACGGAGCACCUCGCGCCUCACCUGGAGAAGAAGAAGUUUAACGAUCACGUCCUGGUUUCACCAGAUGUGAAUCCUGAAGCACGCAAGUGCAAGAGGCACAACGAAGAGCUCAAGUUCUACUGCAAGCAGGACGUGAGCCUCGUGUGCACAGUUUGUGCCAUCGCUGGAGAACAUAAAGGACAUGAUGUUGACACGCUGGAGGACGAGCAUCAGACACGGAAGAGUGGAGUCGGAGAGGAGAUGCGAGCGGUGGAGGAGAAGAGGAAGAAGGCGGAGGCGUCCGUGGGACGGAUAGAGGCCGCUCGCAAGGACGUGCAGGAUUGCAUGCUCCAGACCAAGGCUCGCAUCUCAGACGAGUUCACCCACAUGAGGGUGACGCUGGAUGAGGACGAGAGGGCAGCUCUGGAUCGCGUGGACGUGAAGGGGCGUGAGCUGCUGUCCCGGAUUGAGGAGAACAUCGCUCAUUACGAGCACGAGAUCAGCGAGCUCCAGGCAGCAGCCACGCGCCUGCGCACUCUGCAGGAGGAGAGGGACUCGCUCAUGUUCCUGCAGGUUCACCUGAAGGAGACAAACCGGAGAGACGCUCAAAAGGGAGAUCCACCCUCAUUUCCCGGUGAAGAAGACAUCGCUACGAUCAGCGCCCUGCAGGGAGCUGUGGUCAACCUGCUGGCAUUCAUGUACGGACGUUCACCGACUGUGGACCCAAACUCGGUCCACAACAACCUCCAGAUUUCCUCAGACCUCAGGACGGUGAUGCUGACCGCUGUCUCCCAGGGUCGACCCGAUCACCCACACCGCUUUGAUAUAUACUACCAAGCCUUGUGCUCCGAGAGCUUCUCGUCGGGUCAGCACUACUGGGAGGUGGACGUGGGAGGUGCGGCGGGGGACUGUGAGGUUGGAGUCACGUACGGGAUAAUCGCACGCAAAGGGCGUGGUGAAGAGUGCGGGCUGGGACAGAACGACUCAUCCUGGGUAUUAUAUAAAUAUAACAACAGCUGCUACGUGCGUCAUGGUGGUGUAGAUACCUCAGUGUCGGUGAGGGAUCCUCCCCGGAGAGUCGGGUGUCACCUGCACUGGGAGGCGGGGCUGCUGUCGUUUUACCGCGCCGACUCUAUGGAGCUGCUGCACUCCGUCCACCAAUCGUUUAGUCAACCGCUCAUACCCGCACUGUGGGUGUAUGGUGAUGGAAGCUCAGUGAGGAUUCUGGAUCUGAGUCGUGCGUCCUGAGAGCGCGGAGUGUGAGCAGAGAAACGGGCACAACGCACAGACUCGUGCACACAAAGACACAGAUCCCCCUGUAUAGCGUGAAUAGGCUGUUGGGGCAAGUGCUGUGAGCGAGCACCUAUGAAGGCCGGCACAGCACUCUAGGGGGUGGGUGGUCAACACCACGCGCAGCUGCCUUUGUUUCCCCAGUGGUGAUGUUUACACACAGUACUAGGAAAAACAUGUUCAGGCUGAGUCAACCUAGGGGAGGCCCAUGACCGGUUCACCAACACCAGUGACGUUUAUCGGAAUCGGUCCAGGCUCUCCCCUCGGUCGACUGAGCCUAAAUGAGUACCUGCUGCGAUAUGCAAACAUCGCCACUGGAGAGACGAAGGCGGGUCUGGCGUGGUGCUUGUCACCGACCCCCUCGUGUGCCACAGUGCCGGACUUCAUAGGUGCUACUAGCAAACAGCACUUGCCCCUACAGUCUGUUAAGGCAUCACGGGGGAUAAUUUUCUUUGGGUUAGUGGGUUGGUCUGUAUGCCUUUGUCUGUGUGUGUGUCUUUUGUUACUGUGUCUGUGUGUGUGUCUUUGUUACUGUGUCUUUGUGUCUGUGUGUGUGUGUCUUUGUGUGUAUUUUUGUUUUGGUGGGUGGCCAGCACCACUGACAAUGUUUACACACCGCACCAGGAACUCAUUUGAGGCUGAGUCGACCUAGGGGAGGACCAUGACCGGUUUACAAACAUUGAUAGCGAUUAUAUGAAUUGGUCUUG